UGAGGCAUCUCUGACAUACUGAUGGCUCUGCAGAGGACCCAUCCAUUGCUUCUGCUCUUGCUGUUGACCCUGCUGGGGCUGGGGCUAAUACAGCCCUCCUAUGGCCAGCAUGCCAUGUACCAGCGAUUCCUGAGGCAACACAUGGACCUUCAGGUGACAAGUGGUGAUGAUCGUUACUGCAACGUGAUGAUGCAAAGACGGAGGAUGACUAUUCGUCAAUGCAAGCCCUUUAAUACCUUCAUCCAUGAAGACAUCGGGAACAUUCUUAAUAUCUGCAACACCUCCAAUAUCCCGUGCAAGAAUGGCCGGAUGAACUGUCAUGAGGGUGUAGUGCAGGUCACAGACUGCAAGGAGACAGGAGGUUCCAGGAUCCCCAACUGCAGAUACUGAGCCAAGUCAAGCACUCGGCAUAUUGUCAUUGCCUGUGAGGGUAACCCAGAGGUGCCUGUGCACAUGGACAAAUAGAUGCCACCCUGCUGGGGUUAUGGGCAGCAUUUGGCCCUUUAAUUUACUUUUAAAUAUCAAUGAGCGUGCAUGUGAGCUAUCCCAGGCUCUGUCUCCUCUGCUCAUUUCUUAUUCUUUUUCUCAGUAUAAACCAUUCUAUUAAAUAUCAGUACAUUUCAUUAAAGAGACAUGGAGAGGUAUCUUUAAAACAAGUCUGGGCUUGUAAUAAGCUUCCUUUUAUAAUACUGGUCAGCUUAGCUCUCUCAGAUCCUGUCAUCUGGAAUUUGGUCAUUAUGUGUAUUGAUACAGCAUUUCAAGCACUGCAGAGAGCUUUCAUUUAAGCUAUCUCAUUACAGCACCCUGAUGCUGCUAUUAUACAUAUAUAGGAGCUUGGGGUUAAGGAAUCUGCUGAAGACCAUAA